CCCAGAGCGGCGCUGCUAGAGCGAAGACGACGCCUGCGCAGUGAGGCUGCGGGGGCGGGCGCCGUCUUCGGAGCCGCCCACCAGGCCGUCGGCGCGAUGGCGGAGGAGGUGAAAAGUCUGAUGAAGGCCACGGUCCUGAUGCGGCAGCCCGGGCGGGUGCAGGAAAUCGUGGGCGCCCUUCGCAGGGGCGGAGGAGACCGCCUGCAGGUGAUUUCUGAUUUUGACAUGACCUUGAGCAGAUUUGCUUACAAUGGACAGCGAUGCCCCUCUUCCCACAAUAUUCUGGAUAACAGCAAAAUCAUCAGUGAGGAUUGUCGCAAAGAGCUCGCGGCGCUCUUUCACCACUAUUAUCCCAUUGAGAUCGACCCACACCGGACCAUCAAAGAGAAGUUGCCUCAUAUGGUACAGUGGUGGUCCAAAGCCCACAACCUCCUGUGCCAGCAGAGGAUACAGAAGUCCCAGAUAGCGCAGGUGGUUGGAGAGUCCACCGCGAUGCUCAGGGAGGGAUAUAAGACGUUCUUCGACACACUCUACCAUAACAACAUUCCUCUUUUCAUCUUUUCGGCGGGCAUUGGCGAUAUCCUGGAGGAAAUUAUCCGGCAGAUGAAAGUGUUCCACCCCAACAUCCACAUUGUGUCUAACUACAUGGAUUUCAAUGAGGAUGGUGUCCUGCAAGGCUUCAAGGGCCAGCUCAUCCACACCUUCAACAAGAACAGCUCCGUGUGUGAGAACUCCGGUUACUUCCAGAAGCUUCAGGACAAAACCAACAUCCUCCUGCUUGGAGACUCCAUGGGGGACCUCACCAUGGCUGAUGGAGUCCCUGGGGUGCAGAACAUUCUCAAGAUUGGCUUCCUAAAUGACAAGGUGAGCAGUGGCUGGGCCUCCCCUCUGACUUCGGGAUUCCUGCCCGCACUUUUGAAUUCCUUUCCUGUGCUAGAAACUGUGGGAGGUAUUAGGGCUGCAGAGGAGGGGCAGAGUUGUGUUCUUGGUCUCUCCCCCCCUCUCCUCUCUCUUUCCCUUCCUCCCUCCUCUCUCUGCCCCCCCUCGGUGUGUAUGGGGAGCGGAGUAAAGGGGGAAUUCGUGUAUCCCAAGCUAGUCUCAAACUGUGUAGCUAAGGCAGACCUUGAACUUCUGACCAGCUUGCUUCAACCUCCUAAAUGCUGGGAUUACAUGAAUAUGCCAUCAUACCAUGAUUUAUGCUCUCUCUUUUGGUGUGUGUGUGUGUGUGCGCGUGUGUGUUUGCUGGGAAAGGAACGUAGACCCCGAUAGAUGCCAGGUAAGUACUCUAUCACUGAGUUACAUCCCAAAGCCUCGGCACGUUCCACUAUGACUUGACCCAAGACUUGAUAGGUCACUCCGCCCACACACGCAUGGCUGUGCACUCUGCGCGUGUCAGUCCCCAUUCUGGUCACACAGACACCGCUAACCCACUAAACUCUCACUUUGUGGGGUGACUCCUUAGUUUGUCUUGGAGGUGGGUUCUUGUUGCUGUUGUUGUUUUGGUUUUUUUGGAUUUUGUUUUUUCCGAGACAGGGUUUCUCUGGCUUGACUGAGAUGAGAGAUGCCAGGGUUGAGAGCAUGAUUUUAUAAAAGGAAGCAAAAACAUCAGAGCCUGGCAGGGAUGGACAGAGCCCAAGCCAGAAGGGCUCAGAGAAGGUGUCCAUAAGGGUGGACCCAGCCAGCAGAGGCCGGAGCCCAGUGGACGCCAGAGCCAUGUGAAGAUGACGUGUGACAGCUGGGCGUUUGUCUGUAGUUGUUGUUACUGUCUGCUGGACACUGGCCGAGGGUCCGUGGUGGGAGCUCGUGCCCCUCAUUGCCUGCCUGUGUCCUCAUAACCUUGACCUCCCCAGGCUUUCACAGGAGAGCUGGGGGAUGGUGUUUGCAUGCCUCUACCCCAGACCCCAAGAGGCCUGAGAGUAAAAAGAGGGCCAUUUGGGGGACUCCGCUCUGCUUCCCCU